AUGCAGAAUGUCUACCAUCGCAAAAUCGAUGAGCACUUCGAUCACAUUGAAGGUUACCUGCGUCGCAUGGUGCGGCCACCACGGACACGAUGCGACCCGCUCUCACUGAAUCAGGCGCCUCACCCCGCUUUCCUCCUCGUGAACACCACCCACGACGACGGCUCUUCUUAUCGCACCACCAACGAGCAACUAGGGCUGCGGGGGAGCAUGGCCUACAAUGUGCCCCUCUCUUACGCUGGGCUGCUUUCAACUGCGACAAACACCCUUGCGGCUCCUCCACCGACGCGAGACCCCACGGCAGUGAGGACAGUUGCAGCACACUAUGCUGCUCCUACCCCGCCGUUGCUGCCACGACCGCUUGUCACCCCACCAGUGCUGUUCGCGGGCACCCAACCAUCGACCUCGCUCUCUAAAAGGCCGCCACGUGCCCAGGCAAAGGCUGUGCUUCCUCACUCCACAGCUCUUCUCUCGUCAAGAACGAAACACACGUCCUUGUCGCAGCAAGAGACGAGGCGGUUGCACUGCCGUGGCUGCAGCAAUAGUAGCAGCUCCAGCACCAGCAGCACGAUGCUCGAGAAAGGUGCGAUGUCGAUGCCAAACUCCACAACUGCAUCGAGCUCUCUUUUACCAGCGGUGCACUCCCCGCCGCCGCUGCCACUGUCAUCGCUUCAAAGCGCUGCAGCAGCCCAUGAUCAGGCAGCCGCAGUGGCCAUACAGCGCCGCAUCUACGACUCGCGCAGUCCCUCACUCCUAACGUACUCUCAAGACGAGAGUCAAGGUCGCAGCUUGGAGUUCAUCUUGGAGGAUCUCGAGGAGCGCCUAGAGCAUUCACCUUCGCUAUUGCGAUCUCAGCAGCAACAAUAUUUCGGCCGCCACACCGGCAGCAACCGCCACCACCGUGAAGGUGCUGUACAUACCAGCAGCGAUCUCGUCACGGCAACGUCGUCGCCCACAGCAGAGGAUCAGCUCUCACCGCUGCACUCCUCUCUGGGCGACAGCCCAUAUCCCUACGACACACCGCUUAGCCGCCGCCUCCGCCACUUUGAUUAUCUUCUUGGUGACAGUGCAGUGCACGACGAUGGAACUUCUGCGCCACAAUUUUGGUACCACCACAACGGCAUCCAGGCCUGCGAAAGCGCCUGUGGUAGCAACGAGCAGCGAGUCACUCGAGACCAUGACCCGCCCACCGCUGAAGCAUCUUCAACGGAGAGACAACGGCACCCGGUGGACAGCCGCGCUGGGACAGGAACGCCGUCCGUCCUGCCGACAAGGCAUCCAGCGAGUACAUCUUCCGUACUCUUUGCAGACCUGCACAGCGGAGAACUUCGCCCCCACCAGACGGACCCCGCACGCCUCAAAGAAGCCCGUCCAUUAACCUUCACCCCUAGAGUACCCUCCUCGCAGCACGCGCCUGUACCGGUGCUGCGAGCUGCAGUCCACUCCUGCAGUGCCGAAGCACGCACUUCACCACCACCACCGCCGCCAGCAGCCUCCCACUUGAAAUGGGCUGCCGCGAAAACACUGCGCCUCGAUGUUGCCGCUGGCGCCGACACACCCACGCCAGCGCGUAGGGACGCUGAGGACGGCGCGUCGCACGGCAGCAGGAGCAACGACUUGAGUCUUAACAACCCGGGUGCUGGGCAUCUCGCGUUGCCGGUCGAACUGUCGGUGGAUGCUUCGAGAAUGUGCAAGAGCUCGGGUGCUAGUGACGCGAGCGAGGGGCCCCUCGGUUCUGAGGGGCACCGCGAUGCUCACAGAGCGAAUGCGACGGUGAGUCAAAAUGUGGGAGGGGACGUGCCCGCCACACAGUGUGCCUUUCACCCUACAGAUUUGCACGACAGUCCUGCGCUCUUUUCUGAGCCACAGCGCGAGCAGCCGUCGGUUCGAUCCGCCAGCACUGAGUUGACAGCAUUGACGCUCGCCAGCAUCGGAGGCUUUUCUGUGCCUCCCUCCGGUGACAGCGCCUACAUGAACAGCGAAGAGGACGUCAACGGCGGACGGUGUCUGGCAACUCUUCUCUGGGCACGGCGGCAGAAUACGCAGGCUGCAGAGCAGUUGCGUACUCUGCGGAGGCGCGAGCGUCAGCACCGGCAGAGCGUGGUGAAGCGAGAAGUUGAGGGUCGCUACUCGAUUCGUCUCUGCGAGGCCAGCGAUGCGGCGGAUGCUGGCCUGGAGGGGCUGCGAGGCGCUGACGAAAACACCGUUACAGCCACAAGCUUCACGCUCUCCAGCUCGCCAUCCCGGCUCGUCGGACAGUUGCCGCACCUUAUAGGGGACGGCAGGCGCAGAGUAACGAGUGAAAGUCUCUCGCACGAAAGCUCAGCGGAUGGGGCCGCCGCAGCGAAUGUUAGUCAAUGUGGGAGUCUCGGCAGAAGUGGUCGCACGCUGCUAAGCUCGAGGAGCAACAGGACGGUAGUUGACGGCACAGAGCAACCCGGGACUUCCAAGAGGACAUGUCUCGUCGGUGGCGAGGUGCGAGCAUCGGUUUCACCUAUUGAAAUCGUAGGAGGAGUCACGGUAUUGACAAGCACCAGUGAGGCUGUCGCCGCGGCGGCUGCACAAAGAUGUGCAGCACCCAGCACCGCAGCGGCGGAGAUGUACAACUCUCCAGCUGGGUCACCUAUCGAUGCACCAGGGGUAGCUGCGUGCGAAGCUGACACCCCAGGAGGGACACCCGCACCGGCAGCUACGACCGUCCAGGUAAGUGAAGAGCACACACUGCAGCAGGAGGCUGACAGCCAUAAGCAUGGCGACUACGCGGCCACCGCCGACUUGGCAGCAAAGCCCACGGCGGUAGCGAUGGAAGACGCACCACCUCCGCCACCCUCUUUCGAUAAGCCUUCCACCCCCCACUUGAAGGGUAGACUCAGCGGUAGCACCGAGGCUGCCCCGGAUACGCCAGUCGACGAGACGGUGCACAAGGCCGUACCAGCGUCACCGGGGAGAACUGACGCGCUGUCUGACGCCCACAUAGCCGACACAUCCACAUCGCCCCCACCACUACCGCCACCGCCAGAGGGCCAGUCUUCUCUUCCCUCCGACCUCUGGACUCUCGACAAGGGGGACAACGAGGGUGGCAGUGACGGAGACGAGGAGGCGAUGAUGGCGGCGGAGGGUGAUAGAAGGAGCGGUGGCAACGAGGAAUAUGCAGGCAGCACGCACGCGAAUGGUGGAAACGGCUCCCCUGGAUGCUCAAUCUCGUCGAGUACAGGUGUGUUUCCUGCAAAAGCGGCAGUGACCGCAGCGGACGACAACGCCCAGCCCUCAUCGUCUUCCGGCGGUAGUAAGCGGAAGAGACGCAGCACCAGCAGCGCGAGCUCCUCCAGCGACGAGUUCAUUGUAAGGCGCAUUCCGGUUCAAGUGCAUCCGUCACCACCCACGAGCACAGGUAUCUGCAGCACCGACACGGAGGGUGCAGCAGACGGCAUGGGGCACGUUGAUGCCGCUGCAGCGGCGGCGUUCACGUUGAUGCCUGUCUCCUCAGCGGCAGAAGCAGACAACACUGCAGAACCCCCUCCAUUGACAGGGACAGGGGUGGAGCACGCACAAGCAAAGGCUGACGCGGCUUUGGUGGUCAAUGUUAAGGUGAAGAGAGGAAGUGACGGCGGCGUCGAAAACAGCCGUAACGGUGCAGGCGACGACGCCUACGAAAAUAGUCCAGCACACUCUACCGGUGCUGUAGAACUCGUGAAGGUGCUGGGUGUGCGGGAACAUGGCGUCACCGUCGAUGAGAGCAGUAAGAAUGACGAAGAUGUGCCGCGCCCAUCAAACAUGGUGCUGCAGCCAGCGAAGCCAUCGCUGCCGCCGUAUGCGACUGCUUGCGCAAGUACCGAUGGGCCAGUGCCAGUGAGUGGGGCUGCAACGGCGAUGACCACUAGCUCCAGCACCGUCACGACGACGAAGCCGUUGGCCAAGGGCCAUGGGGUACGCUACGGCACCGCAAGCCGCUCUCCUGAGUCGGCAUUCGUCACCGUACGCCCUCACCUCGGCGAGGAGCAGCCACUGCCACGCCGGAACGAGCACGCCAUGUCUUCGUCGGGUGCCUCAUCAGAGUCUUUCUUUUACUCGCUGCCUGACCAAGGCGUUGUCGGCGCCGCGAGGAGCGACGAGACGCCAGAGUACCUGCAGCGCCAGGCCGACACCACCGGGGAGAUCACCUCACCUGUUGCACGGCGAACCGAAGUGACACCGGCACCGCACGCGCCGUAUCAACGGUCAUGGGAGCAGCCCCUCAUCGAUGGAGAUGCAGGACCCAUGGCAACUGGCUUAUCUUAUCUCGGUGAGGCGUGGCACAGUAGCCGCUCGCCUGACGCAGGCGGCAGAAUCCGCCAUGACGGCGACGCCCAGAGCUAUUCAAUGAGGAGCGACGCCUGCGGUUCCACUAGGGGCAGCAGGGACUUGGCUGGAGAGGCGGCACACCACACUACCGCGGCUCCGAAGGGGCCCGCAGUCUCGUGGACAAUCCCGCUAGACGGGGCUGGAAGCCAGGAUGAAACAGGUUACCAAGGCCUCGCUACUGCACAAGACGGCGCACGUGUCUCUGUGAAUACACCGCAUCAUCACCAGAGGACCCGCCGUCGUGCUCCACACCACCGCCUACCUCCCCACCUACGUUCUGGUCGCCCGUGGGCUCACCUUCUGACUCGGGGUUUACGGACAGUAUUCUACUCGACAAGUAGCAGCAGCCGCAGCAACGAGAGCAGAGAUGGAGGGUCUCGUGCGCCGGCAGCGAAGCACGUAACGGGUCCCAGCGAAGCAGCUUGUGGGGAUGCCAGUAGUCGAGCCAACUCCCUCGAAGCGUCGUCAUCAUCGACUUCCUCGCUCGGGGCUGCAUUGUCUGCCGCCCCACGAAGGACUGGGCCCUGGUAUGCUACACCGGCGCGGCGUGUCAAGAAGGGGCACCACGUGGCGCCUGUGGACCUCGCCAAAGCCGCAUCGUGGCAACCCCGUCGCUCAGUCCGCAGUGGCUGUGCGACACAUACUGCAGAAGAGGUACGCAAAGUGGAAGAGGAAGCAAGGCCAGGAGCCGGACGUCAGGCCAGGCAUGCGCUGCGAGAAUCGGCAUCAUCGGACGCGACAGCAACGCGUUCUGCAGCAGCCAGGUCGAGGACCCCGACCACCGUCAUGUAUGCCGCCUCAGGGAGGCAUCGGCCAGCCGACUUCGCCCUCUCACCAUCGUCAGUGCGCACCCGCACGCUGGCGGACUCGACUGCAGUGGCGACAUACAUCACCCCUGAAAGGCUUCUGCAGCUACGGCAGCAGCGGCAGCCAGUAGGGCCCACCUACGUGCAGCUGCAUGAACAGGGGCGCGCCUUACGUCUUAGAGCGUCCGUGGUAGUGUGGCGAUCCACAACGGCAACAGAAGCCAUCACCGCAGGUGGCAUGCGGACUCGUCAGUCCCCAUCUACCUCCACUCCUGAGGGUGCCUGCAGCGGAGGUGCGGCAUCCCUGCGCAGCGCGGUGGUGUGGCGGCUGAUAGGAGCCCCACGACCACGCUCCACUGAGGAAAGAUGUGUGCUUCAGCAGCAAGGGCAGUGGGAGUCCCCCCUGGUAUUGGCGCCUCAUGCAGUGGCUACUCAUCGAUCGCCCGUACUUUCCCAGCAUCCGCCGCAUUGUCUGUCAGCGGCCGACCUUCGCGGCGGAGUUAGGGGCAAUGCCUCAUUAAGCGCACCAGCGGGUGCAGUGCCUCAAGAAGAGAAUGCAGCCGAGAGCCCUGGCAUCAGUAGUGUUGUACGAGCACAGUCACCGCUAUCCCUCUCUGGAACACCGCCAUCGCCAUCGACCUUAUCGGUGCCGCCACCGCCCACUGUAGCCACGGCUCCCCGUCAUACGCCGACGUCCCUGUCGAUGAAGGACCCUGCCGGAGUCGGCGCUGAAAACUGCAAGCUGCUAACAGUGCGCGACAGCGCGGCCUCGACAGCCCACUCUUUCGGACUGACGUUCGACAUGGCCUCGUCGAUGUACGGCACCCCCAGCUCGACAGCGGCGGCAACGGCAGGGGGCGAAGGUGUCAUUCAAGAUCGAGACGAGAUUGAGCAGGGAGAAGAGAACAACGGGGAGAACUCGUUAGGGACCAACUCGGAUGCCGAUAGCACCAGACCGCUGCGCGUCUCGGCCCCUACUCCGCCACCUCCACAGCCGCUACUAGGAGCUUCACGGCAGAGCACCCUCAGCGAUGUCACCCCAACGGCUGCCUCCACUGUCGUCGAUGCGCAGCACCAUGAUGAGGCAAAGACAAUUCAACUUGGGCCCACCUUGCCUGGUGACACACCGGAGCGCAGCCCUCAGUCGCAACCACUGUCACCGGCACCGCACGCGCUGGGACCUCUUCAAGCAGCCCUUUCCGAAGAGGGUGAAGCGCACGCAGCGGAGUUCGUAGAGUCGCGCACUGGCAGCGGUGAUGCCGCACAGCACCUCUCGCAACAAGGUCCUGCUGUCAGUGUCUCUUCAGACGUGCGCAACGCGUCUGCGACGGGCGUCGAUGUGCGUUACCAGCCAGAAGCAUCGAACACCCCUCUACCGCAGCCGGCUCAGUUUGCUCCUCAACCAGCACCGACAGUAGGGCCAACAGUGAGGACCGCAGAACCACGUGCAGUACCAGCCAGACCAAGGAGUGACAACGGUCGUAUCACACCCCUACCACCGGAGCAGCAGCGACGCGAGGCACUGGAGCGCCGCAUCGCACGACUCGAAGUGGAACUUCAGCAGCAGCAGCGACGCGCUGAACAGCCUCGCUUCCGCGACAUCAGUGACGGCAACGGCGACAGCGUUCCGGCGGACAACUUCGAGGCUGCAGUAGAUGGUGACGAAGAUAUCGUGUGUGGCGCCGGUGGAGGAAACGCAGAGCUGCGGAGCCAUAGUAGUCAGUUUCCCCAACCACGAGGGAGGAGUCGCUGUGGAAGUGUUGAUGGUGAAGGCCGCAGCGCUGUUGCUUUCAACAGAAGGAAAAGAGUCGCCUCGAGGCAAGUGCAGAGGGGUGUGCAACCUGUGCUGCAGGCACGGUACCAACUGCCUGCGUCAGCGUCCACCAUCCACUGGGCGGCUCGAUCUCGAGCCAGCGGUAGCGCCAGGGGUACUGGACCUAUCCACAGACGUGGAGAUCUACCUGGAGCAGCUGCUCCAACCACCCCGCGCGGUGGCAACGGCAUCCGGGGCGGCGUGGCAGUUGCGUUACCUGCUCCAGAAGCUAUCUCUGCCAGCGCAGCACCUGGUGCGAGCGCUGCGCUGUACAUGCGACUUGCGUACCGUCAGUAUGGCUUGGCGGCUACGCCCGCCGUGGCGAUGCCGGCAGCUCGGGGGUACAGCCACGCCACAACGUCGUUCCUGAUCGGCGCGGACUGGCGCUAUCAGCGCAUUUAUGUGGACACGAUGUACUUUCCAGCGUCAGCCGUCGACAGCGCCCCACAACGUGCCGAAGGCGCCAGUGGCGCACCAGAGGCCCCGGCAAACGACGAAAGCGAGCGGACAACGCCGGCCGGAGCCGUUCGACACGCCCCCUCUGCAAACAGCUGCAACGCGGAUGUCUUUGCAUGUCGAGCCCUUCACUGA